AUGGAUCCUAACCGUUUCGUUGCCGGUGGCGCAGUUUGUGGCAGAUUAGAUCGGAUUCCUCACCUCCUCCCCGCUCGCUCCCAGAUCAGCUCGCCGCCGUCCUCCUCCACCCCCACCCCCUCUCGCGAUUCAGCACUAGCUCGGCGGUCGUGGAUCCUCGCCUCCUUCCCGGCCGUCCGCUUCUGGUUCCGCGAACAGGCCACCACAGUUCUUCGUUCUUCAGGUAAAUAUAAAUGUUAA